GGCGCGGCGGGCUCGGCGCGGCGGCAGAGGAGGCGGCGGGCGCACCGGGAGAGCGGUCGCCGCGCCGCUGCGCUCCGGCCCCAGGCCCCGGCUCGGGCCCUACCCGCUCUGUCCCCGCGCGGCCCCGGCGCGCACCUGCGGGCUGCGGCCCGGGGGCCAUGCGGAGACCGGCGAGGAGGCCGGCGGCCGGGCGCAUCCUGUAGCGGCGGUGGCCAAGGGGCGCCAUGGAGGCCCCGUAUUCGAUGACAGCGCACUACGACGAGUUCCAGGAGGUCAAGUACGUGAGCCGGUGCGGCGCGGGGGGCGCGCGCGGAGCGUCGCUGCCUCCCGGCUUCCCGUUGAGCGCGGGGCGCAGCGCCUCCGGGUCCCGGGCUGGGCUGCCACGCUGGAACCGGCGCGAGGUGUGCCUGCUGUCGGGGCUGGUGUUCGCCGCCGGCCUCUGUGCCAUCCUGGCGGCCAUGCUAGCGCUCAAGUACCUGGGCCCGGGCGCGGCGGGCGGCGGCGGCGCCUGUCCCGAGGGCUGCCCGGAGCGCAAGGCCUUCGCGCGCGCCGCGCGCUUCCUGUCCUCCAACCUGGACGCCAGCAUCGACCCGUGCCAGGAUUUCUACUCUUUCGCGUGCGGCGGCUGGCUGCGGCGCCACGCCAUCCCCGACGACAAGCUCACCUAUGGCACCAUCGCGGCCAUCGGCGAGCAGAACGAGGAGCGGCUGCGGCGCCUGCUGACGCGGCCCGGGGGUGGCCCGGGCGGCUCGGCCCAGCGCAAGGUGCGCGCCUUCUUCCGUUCGUGCCUCGACAUGCGGGAGAUUGAGCGGCUCGGUCCGGGGCCCAUGCUGGAGGUCAUCGAGGACUGCGGGGGCUGGGACCUGGGCGGGGCGCUGGAGCACCCAGGGGCUGCAGCGCGCUGGGACCUCAACCGGCUGCUGUACAAGGCGCAGGGUGUGUACAGCGCGGCCGCACUCUUCUCGCUCACGGUCAGCCUGGACGACAGGAAUUCCUCGCGCUAUGUCAUCCGCAUUGACCAGGAUGGGCUCACCCUGCCAGAGAGGACCUUGUACCUAGCUCAGGACGAGGAAAGUGAGAAGGUCCUGGCAGCAUACAGGGUGUUCAUGGAGCGUGUGCUCAGCCUCCUGGGUGCUGAUGCAGUGGAGCAGAAGGCCCGGGAGAUCCUGCAGCUGGAGCAGCAGCUGGCCAACAUCACCGUGUCAGAGUAUGACGACCUCCGGCGAGACGUCAGCUCCAUGUACAACAAGGUGACACUGGGGCAGCUGCAGAAGAUCACCCCCCAUCUGCGAUGGAAGUGGCUGUUGGACCAGAUCUUCCAGGAGGACUUCUCAGAGGACGAGGAGGUGGUGCUGUUGGCCACAGACUACAUGCAGCAGGUGUCCCAGCUCAUUCGCUCCACACCCCGCAGGAUCCUGCACAACUACCUGGUGUGGCGCGUGGUGGUGGUCCUGAGUGAGCACCUGUCACCACCAUUCCGUGAGGCGCUGCACGAGCUGGCACGUGAGAUGGAGGGUAGCGACAAGCCACAGGAGCUGGCCCGGGUCUGCCUGGGCCAGGCCAACCGCCACUUUGGCAUGGCACUUGGUGCCCUCUUUGUACAUGAGCACUUCUCAGCUGCCAGCAAAGCCAAGGUGCAGCAGCUGGUGGAAGACAUCAAGUACAUCUUGGGCCAGCGCCUGGAGGAGCUGGACUGGAUGGACGCUGAGACCAAGGCGGCUGCUCGGGCCAAGCUCCAGUACAUGAUGGUGAUGGUCGGCUACCCGGACUUCCUGCUCAGACCUGAGGCGGUGGACAAGGAGUAUGAGUUUGAGGUCCAUGAGAAGACCUACUUCAAGAACAUCUUGAACAGUAUCCGCUUCAGCAUCCAGCUCUCAGUCAAGAAGAUUCGGCAGGAGGUGGACAAGUCCACGUGGCUGCUGCCCCCACAGGCGCUCAAUGCCUACUAUCUACCCAACAAGAACCAGAUGGUAUUCCCUGCUGGCAUCUUGCAGCCCACCCUGUACGACCCUGACUUCCCACAGUCUCUGAACUACGGGGGCAUUGGCACCAUCAUUGGGCACGAGCUGACCCACGGCUACGACGACUGGGGGGGUCAGUAUGACCGCACCGGGAACCUGCUGCACUGGUGGACGGAGGCCUCCUACAGCCGCUUCCUGCGCAAGGCCGAGUGCAUCGUCCACCUCUACGACAACUUCACUGUCUACAACCAGCGGGUGAACGGGAAGCACACGCUUGGCGAGAACAUCGCAGACAUGGGCGGCCUCAAGCUUGCCUACUAUGCCUACCAGAAGUGGGUGCGGGAGCAUGGCCCAGAGCACCCGCUGCACCGGCUCAAGUACACGCACAACCAGCUCUUCUUCAUUGCCUUUGCCCAGAACUGGUGCAUCAAGCGGCGGUCACAGUCCAUCUACCUGCAGGUGCUGACCGACAAGCACGCGCCUGAACACUACAGGGUGCUGGGCAGCGUGUCCCAGUUUGAGGAGUUUGGCCGGGCCUUCCACUGUCCCAAGGACUCUCCCAUGAACCCUGUCCACAAGUGCUCUGUGUGGUGAGCCCGCCGCCUGCGCACACGUCCCCGUCACCCCGCACGCAUCGCCUCCUGCUGGCUGCCGGGGCAGGCAUGUACCCGGUGCCAGCCUCUCUGGGCACCACCUGCCUCCCCAGUCCCUCCAGGACCUGACCCCUUGCUGGCCCUCACUUCAUGAGGGGCCUGGAGCAGGGGUGGGCUUGGGCUCUGGGGAGGUGGGGGCCGAUGCUGGGGUCACCAGCCUGGGCUCUAGGGGGCCAGACCCCCUGCUGGGCUGCACUGUACAGGCCCCACCUUUGCUGUAUUCUUGCUGCUAAGUCUGGUCAAUAAAUCGCUGUACUGUU